AUUUUAACCUCACGUUUUUUAGCUAUUUGUGCGAGGUCUCGAGCCGACCCUCGCGAAGCACUUCGACAUACCCACGUCAAGAAUCCCUCUCUUUUCAGAAUUUUCUCGGGAACCAAACAGAGCGAAACGCAAACUGAGAGCGAGCGAGAAAUUACCCACGGCUUCGAUUCGAGUCGUCGAUUUUAUCUGCCAAACAGAGAGAGAAGAAGAAUGCCCUAGACGAAGAACACACAAAAAAAAAACUCUCUCUCUCGUUUCUGGGUUUCUCACAUGCACCAUGUUGAGCUACGCCGAUCGAUAAAGUUCAGGUUUUUUCCGUUUUUUGGUUGUUUUUUUGGGGGCGUAUUCGAUCAGAGGAAGAUGGUGAUGAAGGUAAAGCUGGAGAAGGAGAAGCUGAAGACAUGCUUGACUUGUCCUAUUUGCAACGAUCUCUUCGAUCGAGCCACCACCAUCUCCGAGUGCCUCCACACGUUUUGCAGGAAGUGCAUUUAUGACAAGAUAACAGAGGAGGAUCUUGAUUCAUGUCCUGUCUGCAAUGCUGAUCUUGGCUGUGCUCCUCUCGAGAAACUCAGACCCGACCACAGUUUGCAAGAUCUGAGGCUCAAACUUUUCCCUGAAAAUGGGGAAAAUAGUAAGGUAGAAACCGAAACUUCUGAAGAUCCAUUGUCAAACUCCAGAAGAAAGGAAAAAUCUCUAUCUUCACUCGUCGCUGGUUCAGAUGCUGAUACCACAAAAGUCUCAAACCUGGACCACGAAACAGUUCGUGUUCAUUCGGUAUCUGAUUCGGUCAUUGUGGGGAAUCAUGGUGAGAAAGUGGAAGAUGUUCUUCAGGUUAAGAUCUCACCUAGAGGAUUACCAAAGCAUUGGGCAGGUAGAAGGAAAUCAAAGCCUAGCCCUGAAAAGAAUGAUGUGCGGUUGGAAUCUGAUAUGCUUAAUGAGGAAGAGCCUCGUAACAAAGCAGGAAAUGCUCCCAAGAUUCAGUCUGUAUCAAUGAUUCUUCCUGACAAUGGACAAGACCAUAGAUUGAAUUAUGAAGCAGUACCAUUUGAGGGAGAGAUGCCAAAGAAAAACACCAUACAAGAGAAUGAAGAGUUCCCAUUCAAUCUUUGGAAACCCUUGAGUUGCUUGGCCGAAGCUGCAGAUAAAACAAAGUUCGGUAAAAGUAAUGAACCGGAGAGUAAGCCCUCGUUGGAUAGAAAGCCCGUGAGAGACGAUGCCUCGGAUCAAAUGACUGUAGAGCCAAUAGUACCAUCUAACAGUCAAGAAGAUGGAAAAUCGGCCCCUAGUUCUGAAAAUGACAAAGCAAAAACCUCUGUCCCCAAACAAAAGGGAAGAAGUAAUGGAAAUUGUUCUUCUCCUCCUUCAUUAAGACCUCGAAAGCUCAGAAAGAUACUUGGCAUUGUUCAGAAGAAUGAGUCUGUUCCUGAGGUGAUAGUUACAUCACAAGAGGCUACUGCUGUGGAAGCAAAUGACAAGGCUGAAGGAAGAAAUGUUCCAGUAUGGUUUUCAUUGGUUGCUUCAGAGAAUCAGGGUACGAAAGCACCAUUACCGCAGAUAUCGUCUUGCUACUUGAGGGUUAAAGAUGCCAACUUACCCGUUUCGUAUAUCCAGAAGUAUCUGGUGAAGAAGCUCAGUCUUGCAAGCGAGGCCGAGGUGGAGAUAAGCCUGAGAGGUGAGCCGCUUCAUUCGUCGUUGAGGCUACAUAGCUUACGGGAUUGGUGGGUCCAGAAAGCUCCGGUCUCUGAACGGCUAAGCCCUUUGGUCGGUGGCUCAGCCAAGGACUUUGUCAUGGUCCUCUCUUACAGUCGCAAAUCUCUGCUCUGAAUAUAUUUGCAUUCCCUUCUCCCGCUUACUUACACCAUAAGGUAUCUCAAGCCAGGUUGCUUCCUCAGCAAGAAAACAUAAAGAUUCCGACUGAAGCUUAUCGAAGCUAACAGGAGAUGCAAUAAGCCCUCGCGUUUGCAGACUUCAGUUCUUGAUUUAGGAAUUGUUUGAGAAUAAACAGAUGGCUCUUCCUCUCUUGCAGCAUCAUGCUAACAAAUCUUUUUAUUCUUUUGCUUAUUCUAGCAUACAAAUUGUUCAUUAUAAUUCUAGUUUUGAUAAAGUUUAUUGAUUUAAAGCUUUUAGAGCAGGGCAAGCAAGAUGCAAAACAUUGGAUUUCAAAACCAAAAGGUUCCAACUUUGAAUAUAUAAAAUCCUGAAGGAACAUUAACAUUAUCAAGCAUCCA